AUGUUACAGAAUAUUGCUGAGCUGAAAUCAAUAACUUCAAGCCAAAACUCUGUUGCAGAAGGCUGUGAAUCCUGUGAUACAGAUGAAGAAUACAACUUAAAUGAAAACGAUUCAAAUACUUUUGAGAAUUGUGAUGCCGUACUUGAAAUUGGAAAAAAUGGUCUUCCUAAACAAAAACAGAGAUGCCGCCAUCCAUUUGACAAGUCAAGAUCGUGUUACAUUCUUGUUCUCCCAAUUGAACAGCAGCUAAAAUUUUUUUUGGAGAGUGGCAGAAUGAAAUUAAGAAAAGAAACUACUAGAUAUGACGGAACAACUCUGGGGGAUGUCCAAAGUGGAAACUGCUACAGAGAAAAAGUUUGUGGUGAUGGCUCCGAAAAACAGGUGAUCUUCACAUUGCAACUAAAUGUUGAUGGAGCGCAGUGUUUUAAAAAAAGUAAACUUGGAUUUUGGCCAUUCAUGGGUGUCAUAAAUGAAAUUCCUUACGGGGCAAGACGAGCAAACAUGUUUUUAAUGGCUCUUUGGUUCGGGAACAAGAAGCCCCCUAGAGGGCCGUUUCUUGACACAUCAAUAGCCGAACUAAAGCACCUUGGAUCCUCCGGGAUAAAAUUUGGAGAGCUGACCGUGUUUUUGAGACCUUUGGUGUUAACAACGGAUUCAAUGGCUCGGACUGUUUUCCUAGACGGUACCAUAUGUCGCGGUGAAUUCGGGUGCGAUUUCUGUUUGCACGCUGGUACAAGAACAUUUGCAUUAAAAAUUCUUCGUUGUAAAUUUAACAGCAUUUUUAUUUUCAUAUAUACACGUGAAACAACGAAGAUAGGAAGAGGAUCUGCAAGAGUUUAUCCAGAACCUAUAACAAAUCCUACAUUUCCAUUAAGGACAAUAGAGCAGCACGAAAAAGACUUGAUGGUAAUUACGAUAUAA